GGCCUUCCUCUGCCUCUGCCUCUGCCACCCCUCCCCUUCUCCCUCCAACCCAACCCAACCCAACCCAACGAGAAGCCGCCGCCGCCGCCGCCGGCUUUGCUCCUCCGACCGGACCAACACACAGCCCUACCGCCGUCCCGCAACUCGCAGCCUACCGCCUCCCGCCGCCGCCGCGUCCCUCGCCAACAACACACACCGCCAGCAUUCAGGAUCAGGAUCAGGAUGGUGCGAACAUAUCUUUUGAUGCCACAAGCUGAAAGGAUUAUAUGCGGUUUCUUCACUGGGGAUUCUCAUGUUCAAUAAUACUUCACCAUUGCACCUCAUUCAUUCAUUCUCACCUAAGCCUUUUACCAAUCUACAUUUCCUUUUUAACCUAAUAUAUAACAUCUCACUUUCCAUCCAUCUCACUACACUAGCCACCACAUCUCAAUACCAAUUUCCCCCUCCCUCAUGGACAUGCCGCCGCUCCCUCCUGGAUACCGCUUCCACCCAACCGAUGUCGAGCUCACCCUCUACUAUCUCAAGAGGAAGCUGCUCGGCAAAAAGCUGCACUGCAACACCGUUGCAGAAGUCGACAUCUACAAAUUCCCCCCCUGGGAACUUCCAGCCAAAUCGUCAAUGCCCACUGGGGAUCUCCAGUGGUACUUCUUCUGCACCCGCGGCAGGAAGUACUCUGUCGGGUAUAGAACUAACCGCUCCACCGAAGGCGGCUACUGGAAAGCUACUGGGAAGGACAGGCAAGUGGUGUAUGAAAACCGCACCGUUGGGAUGAAGAGGACCUUGGUGUUUCAUGCUGGCAAGGCGCCCAAGGGUACAAGGACCGACUGGGUCAUGUAUGAAUAUAGGCUCGCCCAAGGUGAAAUACCUGACGCUGGUGCUAGACUGGAUGAUUCUGUUCUCUGCAAAGUCCAUAAGAAAAGCGGUCUAGGUCCCAAGAUUGGGGAACAAUAUGGCGUUCCAUUUGAGGAAGUGGAAGAGGAAUUAAAUGAUGCUAAAGGGGACGCUUCCUGUUUAUCCCCUUCCGCGCCCCCUGCUGCACCCCAGUCCGCCUCCGGACCAAGUCGUGGUGAUGUGUUGAACUCUGCGGGUGAACAACUGGUUUCCCUGAGUCUUUCGCCAUCAAAUAAUGGGGAGAGCGCUGCCAGUGGUGCCCGUCCUGACAGGGCUUCUUGCCCGGAUGUUAAUUGGGACAGCAUACAUGUACAUCAGUUAGCUGAUAUCAUCGGCCAUAUCUCGACGAAUCCUGUAGGCCAAGAUGGCCCAUCGUCUGAUUUGACGACCGCUAACCAAGACACAGAAGCACUGUCUGACAACAGCGAGUCUAUAUUUGACAUAGCGCACCAAGUUGUCCCUUCUUCACUGGGUAGCAGCCUGUGCAAGCAGUGUGACAAGUGCGGCGUGCGGCUGGUGGACCCCUUGCUGGAACCGGUGGCAGGCGAACCGUACGUGGAGCUGAAUGACCUGUUGUCGCGGUGCGGUGCUGCCGGGCAUGUUCGAGAUGGCAGCAGCAGCCAGGCAGUUGUGCUGUCGAAUGGUGAGGGCCCUCCGCUGGAUCUGGAGCUGAAGCUUGGGCUUGGGCUGGAGUCCUGUGACAGUGUUGGCCAUAGUAGCGGCGCCGUAUCUGCAGCAGCUUCUGGCUCAGGGGCCCCGUCUAGCUAGAAAAAGUGGUGGUCUCAGUGGCAUGGGUUGGUUCUUCGACGGCGUGAGACGGCGAAGGAUCCACAAGCAAGCGUUUAAUUUUAUUGGUUGUGAUGAUGAGGCUGAUAAAUAUGGAAGGAGGAGAAUAUGUGAAUAUUGGGAGGGUCCCUUCCCUCCCUUUCCUGGAGUUUUGUUAGUGAUUGGAUUGGAUGGAGAAGCAUUGGUUGGUUGGUUGGAUUGAGAAGUAAAAAAGUUGACUGGUUGCAGGAGGGAGCAUGGUGGUACAUUUGAUUUCAUUAGAUUAGGUUAUUCCUCUAGGCUGGGCUGGGCUGAUUGUAACAGCAGUCAGGCAGUCAGUCUAGAGUGGAUUAAUCAAUCAAAUCAGAUUAGGAUGCAGGUGUUGACUCUUGACUGUUUACUUGGUUGGUUGGUUGUACCUUACCUGUCCUGACCUGAGACUGUGACUAUUAGGGAUGAUGAUUAUGAAGCAAACAAAUUUUGCUUCCUUGCAA